UCCACCUAACGGGAAGAAACGACGGCUGGUUAAUCUUUCAUUGGGGGAGAAAAAGGGCGAAAAGGCAAGACGAAAACGCUACAUUUGUCUUCGCCUCUCAGCCUCCGGCCAAAAUGAUCCACAGUCUAUUCCUAGUCAACGCCUCGGGGGACAUUUUCCUGGAGAAGCACUGGAAGAGCGUGGUCAGCCGCUCUGUGUGCGAUUACUUCUUCGAGGCUCAGGAGCGCGCCACUGAGCCCGAGAACGUCCCGCCGGUGAUCCCCACACCGCACCACUACCUUAUCAGCGUGCUCAGACAUCGCAUCUACUUUGUUGCAGUGAUUCAGAGCGAGGUGCCGCCGCUCUUUGUCAUCGAGUUUCUCCACAGAGUCGUCGACACAUUCCAGGACUAUUUCGGGGUGUGUACAGAGGCUGCCAUCAAGGACAAUGUCGUAGUGGUUUAUGAGCUACUGGAGGAAAUGCUGGACAACGGCUUUCCCCUGGCCACAGAGUCCAACAUCCUUAAAGAGCUCAUCAAGCCCCCCACCAUCCUCCGCACAAUGGUCAACACCAUCACAGGUAGCACCAACGUGGGUGAACAGCUUCCUACAGGCCAGCUGUCAGUGGUGCCAUGGCGACGCACCGGAGUCAAAUACACUAACAAUGAAGCCUAUUUUGACGUGGUGGAGGAGAUCGACGCUAUCAUUGAUAAAUCAGGCUCCACUAUUACAGCAGAAAUCCAGGGAGUUAUUGAUGCCUGUGUAAAACUGACCGGCAUGCCAGACCUCACUCUGUCAUUUAUGAAUCCUCGGUUGCUGGAUGAUGUCAGCUUCCACCCGUGUGUCAGGUUCAAGCGCUGGGAGGCUGAGCGGAUCCUCUCCUUCAUUCCCCCUGAUGGAAACUUCCGGUUACUCUCCUAUCACGUCAGCUCUCAGAACCUGGUAGCUAUCCCAGUGUACGUCAAGCACAACAUCUCCUUCCGUGAGGGAAGCUCCCAGGGGCGUUUUGACCUGACCCUGGGCCCCAAACAGACCAUGGGCAAGUCUGUGGAGUCAGUCCUGGUUAGCAGCCAGCUGCCCCGAGGUGUUCUCAACGCCAACCUCAACCCCUCCCAGGGAACAUACACCUUUGACCCAGUCACAAAGAUGUUGUCAUGGGAUGUUGGGAAGAUCAACCCCCAGAAGCUUCCCAGUCUUAAAGGCACCAUGAGUCUGCAGGCCGGGGCCUCCAAACCUGACGAAAACCCCACCAUCAACAUCCAGUUGAAGAUCCAACAGAUGGCCAUCUCAGGGCUGAAGGUGAACCGACUGGACAUGUACGGUGAGAAGUACAAACCUUUCAAAGGCAUCAAAUACAUGACCAAGGCUGGCAAGUUCCAGGUCCGGACAUAAAGACUUCCGCUCCGUGACAAACCGGACCGAGCCACCAUGAGACUGAGGGGUGAAGUGACGGGGGUGAAGGGGAGUUGGUACAUUCCCUGCUGUAUAUGCAUUUCAGGAUCGACCUACACAAAUUUGCAAGGCUCCUUGUAGCAGUUAAGAACGGACCAUUGCACAUAGAAACCUCAGUUGAAGCAAAAGCAUCAAAUGUUCAGUAAACAGGUUAAAGCUUUGAGUGCAGAGAUUGAUCCAAACUACAUGUUCAUAUUUGUCCAAGCUGAACCCGGACCAAACCCAACUGAGCCCAAUAUUGCUCAUACAUGUCCAUACAGUAUUUCCAAUGAUACACACCUUUAACAGCAUUUUUACUGAUAAUUUAAUCCAAGCAGCUAAAUCUCAAUCAAAUUGACGCCUAUUUGAAUUCAAGCAUACAUUUCAUGCUCUAACAAACCAACAGACCACAAUCUAAUCUGUACUGUUUAAGCUUUAACUCUAAGCUUUAAAACGGAUCUGACCACCACCUCUCCAAGUAGUAUUUUAUCAUCCAUGGUAAUGUUUGUCUUGAUAGAUAUGUGCUAGUGACUGUUAUUUACACUCCAAACAAGACAUAAUGGCCCAAUAUGAUAUCAAACUAGCGCCCCCCCCCCCCCAUGAUAAACAGUGAUAGCAUGAGCUGUAUAGUAUGAAAGAAAACUCAGUGUUUUCAUGCUUAAAAGGGCCUCUGCAAGAUGUAAUUGAUGCAAUUUUCUUCCAGCUCAGUUGUACACCAAACUGAAACUCAAGUCCACUCAAGCCACUGCAUUCUUUUUCUUUAAAAUCCUCCUUCUCCUUCCUCUCCCGUCUCCAGCAUUCGUGUGUUUUCUGUUUGCGUCCCAGUCCGUUCUAUUCUUGUAUUCUUGCGUUUCCUCUUUUCUUGUCCGAAUCAUUUUUUUGUUUUGUUUUUGUCAUCGUCGUCAUCCGCAGCACUGGAGUCAGCACACUGACGUAUGAGAAUGUGACACUCAAUCCGUCCUCCUUCACGCACUUUCACAUCCGCUGCUGGUACUAACAUCUUCAAUGCGAGCGAGACAGGUGACAAGUUACAGUAGCUGUGCGAGCUAUUUAUUACCAUGAAAGCUUCUGGAAGAAAUUUCAACCACACAUUUGCCUUUUUAUUCAACUUAAAUUAUUAUUUAUUAAACAAAACAGAUCAUAUACAGAUUGUAUAAUGUCUUGUCUACACUGUUUCACAUUCCUGCGUACUCUAAUUACAUUUUUGGAAAGCUUUAACUGGACAUACGGUUGUUAUUUAACUCUAUUAUACGAGCAAUCCUCAGCAGGUUUUGUUUUCAUCAUAUAGAAACGUGGCCAAGAGAAUCUAUUUUUACUCGUGUGUCAGCGUGAUACUCAACACUGAUCCAAAUGAUUUCCUCAGCUCAUCACAACACUUCAUAACAAGCAGAGAAACAUCUUAAUAUCUAUUGGCAUACAUCAUGUAAACAUAACAUUACGAAUGCUUCCAUGGCAACUGAGCUGAUCUGCAUUAAGCAGAAGGAAAGUUAAUAUGAUGCAUUCACGCCUCUGGGUCUCUGCUGAAAUCGGCCCACCAUCAUAUCCAAGCCAACUGUUGCCAUAGAGGCCCGUGGUAGUUAUGAAUAGAAUGCGGGGAAGAAAACGAUGAUGAUGAUGAUGAUGAUGAUGAUGAUGAUGUGGUGUAAUGGCCAGAAGAAGGUACCUCAGAAGGUUUGCAUUUUGUGUUUACAGCAUUUUGUUUGUGUUUGUUUAACAGCCUCCA